GCAUACAGAAAAAUUACACCUCCAGACCUCCUCCAUUCCUCAAUCCUCGUCUCCAGACUCCAGAGAGGAAAGUUUCCAGAUUCCUCUCCUCUCCGGCCACGGGCGCCAGGGUUGAUCCACCUGCUGCAGCUCGGGGAAUUGCCUGCGCCGCCGCCGGGCCGCACUGAUCGCCGGCGCGGCCUUUGAGAAGCGUCGGCUUCUCCUGGUUCGGACCGACAAAAUGGUUUAUCACUCUAGUUUUGUUGAUGAUGAUGGGAUCACCAAAGCUUGUGGGUGUCCUUUGCUUCCACUAAAAACUCAUAUAAAGGGCCCAGCCCCAGCCUCCGACCCAGAUAAAGCGGACAUAGUUGAUGAAGCCAUAACUUUCUUUCGAGCAAAUGUUUUCUUCAAAAAUUUCCACGUGAAAAGCCCAGCAGACAAGUUACUGAUCUAUCUGACAUUUUACAUCAACAUUGCCUUGAAAAGACUAGAAGGCUGCCGAACACUUGCUGUUGGGACUAAGGCAAUCAUUAAUCUGGGCUUGGAGAAAGUUCCUGUGCCUGGGGAACCAGGAUUUCCUUUCCCUGGACUUUUCACUCUCCCCCAAUCCCAGGAGGAAGCAGAACUGCUGAGGAAUUAUUUGAAGCAGAUAAGGGAGGAGACAAGUGGAAGACUGCUCAACUGUGCAUACAGAGCUAAUGGUUUUCCUAACAAAUGGUGGUUGGCUUUUGCAAAGAGGAAGUUCAUGAACAUUGUCAUCCUUUAGACGUAGGCAUUUUCAGAAACAGGUUAUAGCUGUUUGUAGAAACCCUAGUUAUUUCUUAUGAUUACCUGAAGUAUUUCCCAAAGAAAAAUAUUCAUUCUACAUCUGGAGUGGGAAGCCAAAUAUUUUGAUGAGAUGAUGGAUAGGAUGCCCAAAAUCAUUUCUUGCAAUGUUGAACUGAAGGAAAUUCCAGCUGUUA